AUGCAAGACGUCACAGCGACCCCAGACGGCUCCAGUGCCGUCGUUCAUGUGUCUGACGUUGGGCAAGUAGCUGUGCCGUGGAAUUCGCAGUCCACUGCUGGUGUCUUGGCCGCCAGGACAGCGACAAAACUGCUGAGUUUCUUGUUUAGCUUGGGUUCGUUUCUCGGCGUCUGGCCCGCUGCAGGUGACAUCAUAGCAGCAGUGAAGUCGCGCCUGGCCGAAGAGCCAUGGCACGGCAACGUCGUCGUGUCUCGUGGGCCCGAACGUUUGGAGAGCAGCGAGGUAGCGAGCAAGGAUGGGCUCCUCGUCAAUUUAUGCCAGGGUCAUCCCAGAAGAGGAGUGCCUCUCGAAAUUGCCACCGAGAUUCUUGGCCGGCAUUGGAUGGUAGUGCAAUCGGAAGCACGGUCGACUGGUCGACUGGUCUGGCUCAGGCGCAGUGGCAUCACCAUCUCACAGAUUCAGGCCCUCCUUCUCUUCGCGCAGAGCAUGAUCGCCUUCUGGACCGGCACGUUCGGGGAGGAGCGUGGCAGGGCCUUGUCCUACGAGACCUUUAACCUGUACCAUGCCGACCAGUGGAUUCUGAGGCCGGCAACGGCUGGUCGCCGUGGGCCAGGAUGCAGUUAUGUGGAGCUUGUGGCGGACACGAAGGAGGACCAGCACCCCGAGUGGUUUGUGUCCCACGCUUGGCUGGAACCCAUUAGGCUUUUCCUGCUCUGCCUGUGCCGACACGCCGCGGUCCGCGGCCUGCGCCGGACUGCGGCGUACUGGGUCUGUGCCUACGCAAACAAUCAACACGAGCUAGAGCUGGCCAUGUCUCCCAACCCACGGAAAACCUCCUUCUACAAGGCCAUGCAGCUGUGCCAGGGAGUUCUGCUCGUCUUGGAUGCAAAGGCCACCCCUUUUCGGAGAAUUUGGUGCUGCUUCGAAGAAAGUAUUGCUGUGGAGGAACGGCAUUCUGCCGCGUUGCUGCUGGAUGUGGCGGCCACCGACGAUAGGCAUCAUGCCCACGUCAUUACGGACGGACCGGCAGGUGUGGAGCGCUCCGUCCUUCCACUGAUAGGCCUAGUGACCAAGGCCCGUCGGGAGGAAUCAUUCCCAGGCCACUUGCUCCGGCGCGGCAUGGAAGUCCACAUCCAAACCGCCGAAUGUUUCAAAGACGUCGACAAGACUCGGAUUCUGAAUAGCAUAGCCUACUCACGUGCCAACACCGGAGCUUUGGACGACAGCUUCCCCGAAGAGCAUGCAAACUAUGACUUGGUCAACCGCGCGUUGGCAUCGCAUUUCAGCAUUGCAAGCAUGUACGGCUGCUACACCCGCCAGGCAGACGUUGCGCCACUCCUACGGGCCUUGCAACAAGAUCAAAGCAGGCAUACCAUGCAGCUGUCGCUGACUGGCUGCCUCAAUUUUCGAGAUGCUGAGUUGCGAAGCCUCCUGGAGCACCUGCCAGCUGAACUGCAGACUUUGCGCCUGGACCUGUGCUUCACUGGCAUCACGGCCUGGACACAAGAGUUCGAAGUCGCUGCCGUCAGCUUACGACACCUCCAGCUUCGCAUUACAGGUGCAGCCAGUCGCCUCUCAGGCAUGAACAACCUACUGCAUCCAUCACUGCAGCACCUCGAGCUGUGGUUGGCCAAUCUACCUAGCCUGGUGCAGAUGGAGCUGAAAGCGUUGGACCAGCUGCGCCAAGUCCAAGAGCUGGUGAUGCUGGUGGAUGGGUGCCCAAAACUGCCGCCCACAUCAAAGCAAGCCCUGCGCCCAAUCAGCAUUUUGAUAUGUGGUUCUAGCAAUCUAGAGCCAGGCUUCCGGGAUGCGUGGCCACGUGCUACAGAUGCACCCCCCCCCCCCCAACUCGAGGUGCCUCGCUGUCCAGUACGUGCGACGCCAGAACAAGGGCUUACAUGUGUGGCUUCACGUCGAGGCAGGCUUGAAGUCGGCCUUGUAGUUUAA